AACCGGUCGGUAUUAGUACGCGCCACCACUCUCGCACGCUGCACGCACAGCGCAGCUAGCUCCCACCCCGCACACUCGACAGCAACAGCUAAGCUAAGCUAAGCCCACCACCAAACACCCCGCCGCGAGCUAGAGGGUGCUGAACAUGGGUGAGGAGGAGGCCAAGAAGGUGGAGGUCGAGGGCGGGGCGGCAGAGGUGACCCCGGAGCCCGAGGCGGCAGCGGCGACCCCGGCUCCGGCACCCGCGGAGCCGGAGGCUGAGGCGGCCAAGGAGGACGUCGCAGAGGAGAAGGUCGUCAUCCCCGCGCCCGAGCCGCCGGCCGACGACUCCAAGGCUCUGGCCAUCGUCGAGAAGGUUGCCGAUGAACCUGCUGCUGAGAAAACUGAGAAGAAAGGGGGUUCCAACGACAGAGAUAUCGCUCUUGCAAGGGUGGAAACAGAGAAGAGGAACUCUUUGAUCAGAGCAUGGGAGGAGAAUGAGAAGACAAAAUCUGAGAACAAGGCUGCUAAGAAAUUAUCUGCUAUUCUUGCAUGGGAGAACACAAAGAAAGCGAACAUUGAAGCUCAACUGAAGAAGAUUGAGGAGCAACUGGAAAAGAAGAAAGCUGAAUACGCCGAGAAGAUGAAGAACAAGGCUGCAAUCGUCCACAAGGAAGCCGAAGAGAAGCGAGCGAUGGUCGAGGCAAAGCGCGGCGAGGAAGUCCUGAAGGCCGAGGAGAUGGCUGCCAAGUACCGCGCCACCGGCAACGCACCCAAGAAACUCAUAGGGUGCUUCGGGGCCUAAGAAACGUUCCAAGUCACGAGGGGUAAAUAUUGAAAAUGUCCAUCUGCGGUUGCUUGCUUCUUUCACCGUAUCAAGUGUGUAGUGUGUCUUCAGCGCAAGGAAGUCGUUCCUGGUGUGUAAAGUCUACUGUUUCUGUAUAUACACAUUACUUCCAAGACAGAAGUUUGGUGGUGUACAUCUUGAUGCUUGACAAGUAACAUUCUUAUGUGUAGUUAAGAGGUCACAUUGUUGUUGUUGUUGACAUUUAAGCAGACAUUUUGUUCUUC